AUGUGGGCUCUCCGACCUCGUCUUCAGACGACUCAACAACUAUUGAAAUUGACAAAAUCGAGUCCGCACUCGCUGCUUAUAUAUCCUGGAAAAAUUCCAUUUCGAAAUACCCUAUGGGUACGCUACAAACACAAAUCUAAUGUCACGGAUAUCAUAGAGCCUAGAUACGAAAAGAGGCCCGGAAAACUGUCAAAUACAAGAGCUUCCAAACAAAUAAUAGAUAUUAAACACUACCUCAAAAGCACAGAUGUCCCCGACAAGAUGCGUCGCAGUAUUUUGGCCAACAAGGUGGGAUCAUUGGUGAAAAGCACGAGAGAUCUAGAAACUGUUCCUGAGCUCAUUCCAACAAUCAACCAAGUGAUCUUACAGCUUUCGAAUAGUGAUGAUGAGCUCGUGAAACUGAUCCCGGGGAUAGAUCUAGCUGAGCUUUUCACAAAAACCGCUUUGGCCGUGGGAAGAAUGAAGCAGCCAGAGUAUCCCCAAUACAUGGCAAUACUAGCGUUUUAUUUUUUGAAACAUGAUGUACCUGUUCCUUCUGAGGUCUUGAUUCACAUUUUAGAUAUGGGCUCGCUGCUUCGCCUUGGAGACUUCCAAGCCACUCUUUCUUUCAUCUUAAGCUACAAAGCCGCAUCUUUACCCGCAACCUUUUCGGCAGAUCUUUUGCAGCAUUUAUGGACGCUGAACAAACUAACCUUGGACAAUUAUUCUACGCUUGCAGAGCUAGAUCUGCUUUCAGAUGAAGUAUGCCUUAUCUCUGAUCCAGUCGUUACUCACUUUAACAACUACUUGGAGUACUUGUACAAAGACGUCAAUCCAGACUUACACGAGUACAAAGAUCUCGACAGAAAUAUUUACAAAGUACUGUGUACCGCAAACAAGAUGAUUGAAACUUGUCUCAAUCGUGCCUCUACAGAGACUCUUCUUCAAUUACUACGAAUGAAAAGCUCAUUAAAUUCACUAGUAUCCAAUGCGGAAGAUGAGAAGGUAAUCAGAAAAAUUCUCUACCAACUUAAUGUUCAAGGUGAAGCAGGAAAUUUCGAGGAUCUUCUUAGCGUGCUCUUCCUGCAAGAUCUAUUCGACGAGACGCUAAGCGAGACAAUACUACUUGAAUCAGUUAAAACUGGCACAGAAUUCCAAGAGAUGUGCUUCAAAGUAGCUUCAUUUAUUCACAAGGAUGAUGUCAAAUUUUCCCCAAGCUUGAGGCUUCGUGCUCAGCUCAUUUCCUUUUUGAACAAUUCAGAAAUUUCAGAAAUUGAAGAGAUAGAGGAACGCAUUUUGAGCUCCACAGACAAUUUUUUUGCGAAUUCAGAAGACAAAAGUCAAUCUUUGUCUGAUGUUGCUCAAGCCUUGAUGUCAAUCUCGUCAAUACCUUGUGACAAAUCUUACAAGUUUCUUAGCCACAAACUUGUGGAAGCAAAUAGCGUCCCAGAGAUUGAUAUUUAUUUCUUCAAACAUUGCAUUGAUAGGGCAAUCUUGGAUGAUGACCCCGAACUCGCUCUAAAAAUUUUCUUUGAAAGCACGAAAAAUUCCAGCACGUUUUGGUCAGAGUCUUCUGAUCCCAGUAUCAAUGCAACCCUCAACAGACUCAUUUCAACCAUAAUGAAACACUCAAAAGAUAUUACUCAGACCUUCCCGACCUUCAGAAGAAUUCGACUGCACAUGCCUGGAUCAAUUGUUGCCGGAACUAUGAAUCACCUUGCUAAAGCAAUGUUAGCUGAGAAUUGUGUUGGCGAUGUUGUUGAGAUGUUGAAACGAGAGCUACCUAAAAUAAAAAAAGAUUCGUACCAUCGGUUACCAGUCAGGGCACCUUGGGCUUACGAUCACCGUUCCUUGUUCAAUACACUCAUCGAGUAUGUUGUAUCAUACAAGGGCGACACAACCUCGGAGACCAAUUGGCAACUCUAUGGGGAGCUUCACAAAUAUUUUCAAAUCCCAUUUGACUCGUACUUUCCCGUGAUUCAAUACUUCUGCGAAGUUGAUCGUCUCAACGCUGCAUUGGUAAUCUUUCGCACGAUCAAGCUGUUGAACGAACUCCAUGGUGAGAAAAACGACAACUUACCGCCCCUGAAAGAAAUGUGUUUGUAUUUGCUUCAGACGUUUGGCGAAAAACUCUAUGAAGAAGGUGUUCUCGAGAUUCAUGAUUGUCUUAAAACGGACGUCGCUUUUGAGAACCAAGACAUUGACCUCCAAAAUUGUCUCCUAAAUGCUUAUGCAAAUUUGCAAGACGUCCAUAAGGCAAGAGAUCUCUUUCUAGCAAUCUCUGCGCACCCAAAAGAAUCUGGGGGUGUGAACGAAGAAACUAUCCAAACCAUGAUAAAGGCUCUCACUUAUGGUGAUCUUGACUAUGUAAACCUGCUAUGGAAUAACCUAUCAACUUUUGGUAUUUUUCCGAAUGAGGCCAUAUUCAAACAGUACGUAAUUGCUCAUGUUUACCAUGGAAGAGUGGAAAAGGCAGCCGAAUUGGUGUCCAGCAUCGACGAUUACAAUCUUGAAGUCACUUCAGAUCUUCUUUUGGCUAUGCAUAAUUAUUGCUUAGAACCGCAUAAGCAAAAGGAAAUGGAUGAAUGGCUUGCUGAAAACUAUACUGAGGAGUGGCAAAAGCUUUGUCUGAGCACUUUAUUAAGAUCAGCCACGAAGUAUGAACCGGAACGAUACCUUUUGGCAGAUGGAGGGGUGGAAAGUUCGAACUGA